GCGUGCUCUCUCCCUCUCUCUCUCAAAUAAAAUCUUUUUAAAAAAGGAAAAGAAAAAUAACAAUAGUUGGAUUCAGUUCUUACCUACAUAUUAUUCCUAAAACACCUUAAAGCCAAUCCUUUGUUAUGGCCAGGUGAAAUCAUACUGUGUACUUGACCAGAUGUCUUUAUUUCUUAUUGACUAUGUCUCUUUCAUCAGUAUUUUCCAAAGAUUGUUUCUAGGAAUGGUAAGAUUGAAGUUGUUCCACAGGAAGGUGCUCCUGCGAAAAAGUAUUUUGGGGAAUACAGCACAAUAUCUCCCUGUCUUGGUGAUUUUUAGUUCAUAUAAAUAUAAUAAAACCUCUAGUAAAUUCUACAAAAAAGUAACCUCUUUAACUUCAUUUAGCCUAGUGUUUCUUAGGUUUGUUUGAUUGGAAUUUUUUAAAAUAAAAAUAAAAUUAUUCUCACCAUACCUGUGACUUUUAUAUGUCCUUGCCAAAGGAAAGAGUAGUAUAUCAAACUUAUUAUUUAAGAUUUCUCUCUAAAUAAGAAGGAGGAAGAGAAAGAGAUAUUCAAGUUAAAGUUUGUUUUGUUUCUCCUUGACUAGUGGUAUUAUUGACAGAGGUUGACAAACUCACCAAAGAUGCUCAACAUGCCUUGCGUAGAACCAUGGAAAAGUAUAUGUCCACUUGCAGAUUGAUCUUGUGUUGCAAUUCUACAUCUAAAGUGAUACCACCUAUUCGUAGUAGGUGCCUGGCAGUUCGUGUGCCUGCUCCCAGCAUCGAAGAUAUUUGUCAUGUGUUAUCUACUGUGUGCAAGAAGGAAGGUCUGAAUCUUCCUUCACAGCUGGCUCAGAGACUUGCAGAGAAGUCCUGCAGGAAUCUCCGAAAAGCCCUACUUAUGUGUGAAGCCUGCAGAGUACAACAAUAUCCUUUUACUGCAGAUCAAGAAAUCCCUGAAACAGAUUGGGAGGUGUAUCUCAGGGAGACCGCCAAUGCUAUUGUCAGUCAGCAGACUCCACAAAGGCUCCUCGAAGUUCGUGGAAGACUUUACGAGCUUCUAACUCAUUGUAUUCCUCCUGAAAUAAUAAUGAAGGGCCUUCUCUCAGAACUUUUACAUAAUUGUGAUGGACAACUGAAAGGGGAAGUGGCCCAGAUGGCCGCUUACUAUGAACAUCGUCUACAGCUGGGUAGCAAAGCCAUUUAUCACUUGGAAGCAUUUGUGGCCAAAUUUAUGGCACUUUAUAAGAAGUUCAUGGAGGAUGGAUUGGAAGGCAUGAUGUUUUGACGUCUUGAUGUCUAUCCUUAAUUCUUCCUAAUAUUUCUCAGUAUCAGCAUUUACAUUCAGUUUGUAUUGGAAGAGCUGCAGGUAAAAUAAACUAACUUUACUUAAUCAUG